GACUGUACAUUCGGGUGGGCGGAUCGCAGCGGUGACAGCGACGCUCGGAGACUCCCGACAAACUGUCAAAAAGCAGACAACUAACGCCAUGGCGGAGUUAGACUUGAGUCUGAGUGACGCGUUGACAGACAGCGUUCCUCAGCCGGGCCCGGAGAGCCUGGUGGAGAGAGACUUUGUGGCUCAGCUGGAGGCGGAGGCCUUUGACGAUCAGGUCGGGGAGACGGUGGGAAAGACAGACUACAUCCCCCUGCUGGACAACGACGACACCAGAGCAGACACGGGUACUGCGUUGGAGAAUGGAGAGCAGGAAGCUCAUGGGGUGCAGAAGCCUGGUUGUAAGCUGACCGCGGGGGGACAGAAACCAACGUUGCGCCCAGAGCCACAGGGAGAGGUGUGGCCACGCUCUCUUGACCAGCAGCAGGCCUUGGCUACCGACUUCUUAUCAGCGUCCAUGGCAGGUUAUUCAGACCCCCUGGGCUCUCAGACCAGCCCUGCUCAAAUGGUGGAUACUGGCCGGAUGGGAGCCUUUUCAGGUUUCUCCCAGCCUGGUGGGAUGGGGGCCAAUGUGGAGUUGGGGGCUGCACCCCUCUCUGCAGAGAGGAUACCAAGUAAUGCAGAGCCUCAGCUCCUUACACCCCUAGCAGGGUCAGACGCCCCUAAGGUGCACACCCCCAUGCUGCCUGAACCCCAGGCUCCUCGCAGCCCUCUGGAUCUGUCAGCAGGUGCCUUAGGCGACUGCUGGCCAGACCAGGUUGGCUGCCUUCCGACAGACCUCCCUUUCACCCCCAGUGUCUCCAAGUUGAUCAGUCAUCAUGCCAGCCAUGACGUAAUCAGCCCUGAUGACCCACCAGACAGUUGGCCUAGCCAAGAGAGCACCGCCUGUGCUGGAGGUGAUGAAAGGGAUGGAGAUGGGUCAGACCGAAAACAAAAGAAGAAGAAGAAAAGGCGACAGAAAGAGGAGGGAUCUUAUGAACACACUGAGGGCAGGGGUCACCUUGAGGUGCAAGCACAGGGAGAAAACACUCCCUCAACAGAGGAGUUUUACCACAGGAUUGGCCCGAGGCGGGAUAGAGGAGAUGGUGGCUGGGAGGAGCAGCUUGGGAAGAGUGGAGGCAGAGGGAAGAGGAGUAAGAGCAGGAAGAAGCUUCCAGAGGAGUGGGGAGUGAUGGCGGAACCAUUUGUACCUGAGUCUGCAGCAGCCUCUCAAAUCACAGAGACGGUGGUGAUGGAUGUUGGGAGUUCUGUUCAGGCAAACCUGGAAGACUCAUUUGUAGACAUGGACACCAGCCAGUGCCCCUGGAAAAAGGAGGUCUACCCAGAAGAAGGUCUGGUCCCUUCCCCCCUGUCCCAGGACCUUUUCUCUCCAAUAGUUACUUCCAUCAACCCACUGGUCCUAAACAGUGAGCUGAAUGCCACAGCUGCUCCAUUCACCAUGCCCUCCAACACUAACAGUGCAACACUUGGCUCCUUCCCCAUGGCUCCUCCCCCUGAUGAUCCAUUUGACGUCCUGAUAGAUAACGGAAAUGCCAGCUUGGGUAACAGCAGCCAGACCUUUUCGCCACCUUUCUCUCCAGAAAAUGAAGCAACACAUGGUGACAUGGUCGACAGCGGGAUGUUUGACACCAGUUCCCUCCAGGAGUCUAUUGUGCAAGGCAUGCCUGAGGGAGACACCUCAGCUUUCAGCCCUGCCUCCCAACCAAGCCCAGGCCUUUCCCCAAAAGGCGAGGUGGUAGCCUCAGCCCCACCUCUCUCACCCUCAGAUGCUUCAUGGCUCCUGAACGACUCCAACAUGAGCAGCAACAGGGAGCUAUUUGACUUCAGUGACAUGAGCGCCUCGGGUCAUCCUUUACCCUUAGGGCUGUCCUUUGACACCCCUAGCCCUGCCCCUCUCCGCUCCCCCAAAACCACAGCGCAGGAAUUCCAACCCAAAGAGCACAAAGAUGCCAAAUCGACCCAGAAGCAAUCCAAGAAGUCUCGUUCUUCAUCUUCCUCCUCCUCUGUAAAGAGUCCCACCUCCCCAGGAGAAAAGAAGUUCCCUCCACAAGAAUCCCCAGUCAUCAGCCCCUCUUCCCCUCCAUCGGUCAACCCUCUGGCAGUUCCAGGAUCUGGUCUUAAUCCUUCAGCUAAGCCCUUCUUUCCAAGCUUUGCUGAUUCCAUGGAAGAACCAGCUGUGGCCCCUCCAGUUAACCCCAUCACUGAAGUAAAAUCAGACACGAUGGAGAAAGCAGAGAAGAAGGAGGAGAAGCUCGAGGACAGUGUCAAGAAGGUGGACCUGUUUGACCCUCUGGAUAAAGCUGAGCAGAAGAGCGUGAAGGUGGAUUUCACAAGCAGUGAGACUCCAGCCAAGGUGGAGAAAGAGAUGAAGAAUGAAAGAGAGAAUGAGACUCAAAAAGAGAAGGAGAAGGAGGCAGAAAAGGUGAAGGAGAAGGAGGCAGAAAAGGUGAAGGAGAAGGAGAAAGAGGCAGAAAAGGUGAAGGAGAAGGAGAAAGAGGCAGAAAAGGUGAAGGAGAAAGACGAGACAGAGGCAAAAAAAGUCAAAGAGGAGAUCGAGAUAGAGAAAGUGAAGGAGAUAGAGAAACAGGCAGAAAAGGUGGAGGAAAAGAAGGAGAUAGAAAAGGAGAAAGAGAAAGAGAAAGUGGAGUCAGUGCAGCAGAAAGCAGAAAAAGAGGAUAAAAUGAACAAGGCAGAAGAAUCACCAGAUACAUUGAAGACGACAGAAAAAGUGGACAAGACAGAGAAAGUAGAAAAAGUGAAGAUGACAGAACAUGUAGAGAGCAAAGUGGAGAAAACUGAAAAUGUGGAAAAAGUGGACAAAAACGAGAAGUCCAAAGUGGAAGAAAAAACAGAGAAGACAAGCAGUGAGAAGCUUGAGAAAACUGAAGUGAAGGACGGCAGAGAACAGCACAUGGACAGCGUGGAAAAGACACCAGAGCAACAGCUGCCACCCGUCCAGCUCGAUACCAGUUAUGACAAGCUGGAGAAGACGGCUGACACGGAGACAAAGAAGACAACAGAGGUGGAAAAAGCCAAGAGAGAAGAGGCUGAUACAGACAAAGCCAAGAAAAGCGCGGAGACAGCGUCUGUGAAGCCAGCGGAAAAACCAACACAGAAGAGCGAAAAGGACGAGAAGAAGGACAAAAAGACUGUGGAGAAAAAGGAUGACAAGAAGGACAAGGCUCCAAAGGCAGACGGAGGAGACAAGGCCAAAAAAGCAAAACCUGCAGCCAAUGGAAGCAGCGGCACACCGGGCAAAGACCUGGGAGGUGCAGACAAGAAGACCAAGCCUGCUGCCGGGGCGACCAAAACGUCCGCUGCUGCCAAAACGCGGCCGAGUAGCGCAGCUGCUGGUGGUUCAGUCCCUACUAAGCGCCCCACACUCUCCACCACCACCACUUCCACCUCAGAGAAAAAAACAAGCACAGCCAAGGCGGCAUCCACAGCCGCCGCUGGUCCAAAGCGGCCCUCCACCACGUCCACCAGCCGCCCCGCAUCGUCCGCCACCGCCACUGCACGCGAUGUCAAACCCAAGACGACUGCAGAGAAGCGCCCUCUUGUGCCAAAGGCCAGCACUGCCACCUCAAAUCAAACAGGCUCCACCGCUACCACCAAAAAUGGCACUGCUACCACAGCAGCCAGUAGAACUGCUACAUCAGUGCGCACGACCAUGUCUAGUCGCACCAGUACUACCACUGCAGCCAAAAAGCCUCUGGCCUCUAAGACAGACAGCAAACCAGGAGAGGAGAAGAAGCCCGGCACUCUGAGGACUUCUGCAGCCGACUCUACCAAGCCCAAGACCACCACCACCCGCAGCUCUGCCUCCACCACCGCUGCAUCUCGCACUCGAACCACAGCAGCCAAACCCGCCACACCAUCCUCCACCAGUGGCACAGUACCAGAGAAGAAGCCCGCGGUGCCCCGCACCACCAGGACCACCUCCUCCACCACAGCCACCACCACCACCACCUCCAGGACCACAGCUCGGCCCAGCACGGCACCGGCCCCCGACGUCCGUAACGCCCGCUCUAAGAUCGGCUCCACAGACAACAUGAAGCACCAGCCUGGAGGAGGGAAGGUGUCAUCUGCCUCUCAGAGCAGGGCCCUCGCCUCCAAAGAAACAAGCCAGGGCAAAGUUCAGAUAGUCUCCAAAAAGGUGGACUUCAGCCACGUCACCUCACGCUUGGGCUCCAAGGACAAUAUGAAGCAUGUUCCUGGUGGAGGGAAUGUGCAGAUACUCAACAAGAAAGUGGAUCUGAGUAAGGUGACGUCAAAGUGUGGCUCCAAGGACAACAUCAAGCACAAGCCUGGCGGCGGCGACGUGAAGAUUGAGUCCCACAAAGUGAGCUUCAGGGAAAAAGCUCAGUCCAAAGUGGGCUCCAUGGACAAUGUGAGCCAUUCACCUGGCGGAGGAAACAUCAAGGCUGAGGGGGCCCAGGAGACAACAGAGGGGAAUGGGACUCCCCUGAGUGGCACCGCGGCCCCGGCCCCAGGCUCCGAGCCGGGGCAGGCAGGGAGCCCUGCCGCCCAGGAGAAUGGGCUGAAGGAGGGGGCUCCCUGUGAUAGUGAGGGCCUCCGGGAGCCACAGGCUCUGGACUCGAGCAUCCCAGAGACAAAUUGAGUCUUUCAAGCUCAACUUCCGCGAGAAUGCUCGCUCUCGCACGGACCACGGCGCCGACAUCGUCACCUGGCCAGCCUCCCAGGACAACAACAGUCCACACCCACACGGUUCCUUCUAUUCUCUACACCAAAACCACCACCACCACCCGACUCCUCGCAGCGUCUCCCUCAUUGAAUCGUUGGCUUCUGCGGGCUGCGUCAGUUCCCCCUCUGCCCCCUCCUUGCUGCAUCUUCAGGGGGAGGUCCAGGGGGACGCCAGCAGCCGCUUGAAGGGAUCUUGACCUUUUCUUUACCCCAUCAAGCUCUCAAACCCCCAUUUAUCUCAAAUCUGUCAUUGCAAAUGUUUGAAUCACCCAAUAGUUCUGCCAUUCUAGUAUCAGCUUCAUGUUACCAUGCCUCUUCUCUCAGAUCUGAGCUCAUCACCACACACCACACAUCACUAUAGCCCCCCCUACCCUCUGAUAUUUGGCUGAAGUGACUGUAUAGACUAAGCUUGGGCCUCGAUGGGAAUCUGUGUGGAGGGAAAUGAGGGGACGGCAAGGUUUUCUCACAUAUUUGGUUGCGUCUUGACCUGGAAUCAUUGGGUUUCACUUGGAUCCUCUCCACCCUGCAUCAUCUCACCUCCACACACUAAAUAACAGCAGCGGUAACAUUUGCGGACUGAGCGGCGUGGAAACCCUCUCGGACUCACCUGUAGCUUCUGUCAGACACAUAGCUUCUCUGUUCCUUUUGACUUUAGGGGCUGUUCCCAAUAACCACUCGCUCUUAGCUUCAAUAACAUCAUCGUAAUUCAUUGUCCAUCUCGUCUGCUUCAUCACUUCCUCUCGCUUCACUAUCACUGAUCAUAAUCAAGCUGACAAACAAAAAAGCUAGACAACAAGUAGGCUGUUUAACUCUUUAUUCUCUGUGUUUGUGAUGACGUGUUUGAGUGACAAAAUUGUGUAAAAAUGAGUUUUGGUGUUCUGUUCGGACCUUAUUUCUGUUUUUCUCAACUUUCUUUCUUUCUUUCUAGUUUCUUGACUUAAAGUUUUAUUUAUUUAUUGUACGUUUCUUCCUGUUUAAGCAAUACAGUGGAUGGUCUUUUUUUUCCGAUAGCACUCAGAAAAUCUUGGAAACACGCACAGGUUUUUGUAAACCAAGACACACAGUGAAGAGGGAGAAGGUAUCCAGAGGGAGGAAGGAAGUGAGGAAAGAGGUGUUGCUGGAUGGCUGAAAAAGAAGCAUUUUAGGUGUGUUUCACAUUUAUAGCAAAGUAGCAAUGGAAGUUUUCUGAAAUGCAAUCGAGGAAGUUUGGAGCAUGGAGUCCAGAGGGAGAUGAGGACGAUGUCUAAAUGCUGCUGAUAGAAGCUGUGUGUCUCGUAUGUGCCUCUUGUCCUUACCUGAAACAGCAAACGAGGAUGAGGCUCACGCCUCUGACUGCUCAGAGAAAGAGAAUACCAUCGUUUGUAAAACAGACGUAAAACGCCACGGGCAACCUGGUAUUGCUGUUUUAAGGAAACUCUGUAAAUCAAGCUGCCCUGGUAGUUGUGUGUAGUCACGGUUAUUGGUCCCAUUUCAGGUGUUUCUAUGAGGGUUUUGGUAGCAUGUUGUUUGUCAGUUGGUUGAAGCUUCGCCUGAAUACAAAAACAUCUCCAUUAUGUGUAGGGCACUUUUCUUGUAGGAGCAUUGGCAGUGGAACAUGGUGUGACUUUAUCCUCUUGUAGCAAUGUAUUCAACUGUUGCCUCCAAUUGCCUUUUUAAUGCAUGGCCAGAUUAUAUAAUAUGAUGCUCAGAGCUGAAAGUCAGUGUGCGUUAUGACUCAAAGUGUUGUGGUUUGGUACCAUGUGUAUAUCUCUGGGGCCGUCCCAGCCGGUCGGUGUGUUGUUUGUCAGAUUUUUAGGGCUGAUGGGCAGGAAGAGCUGGUUUUUUGAUGGUUGUCGUUUCACCGCAUGAUUUAAUUCCACUGCUCCAAACUUGGUGCAGAUUUGUGUACAGUGACUCCAUGACUCAUACAAGAAUACUGAUGAGAGGGAGCAGCCGAUUGUUUACACGUGCACCAGACACAGAGCAGCGUUUGCAUUUUUUUCUUUAGUCGUGUUUGUGUCCACCUUGGAAAUAUAAGUCCAGUAUUCCCUCCCCUUCGGUUUGGUCUCUACUGAUGCCUGAAAGGAAAUAUCUGGCAUUUAAGAUGCAAAAGCCUCGACUAUGUUCACCAUCUGGCUGUUAGCUGUCUGUCUGUAGUUUGGUGUUGGCCAGGUAGCCUACUUUGGUUUGUCAGAACUUUUUUGCCAAAAAUGGCUAGUGCUGAAAAACAGGUUAAUGAGAGCGUUGAGACUGAACCAAACAGCAAGUCAUGGGCUGUAAAUCAAUGAGGGGCUAAAGUCCAGUGAUGAUCCUCUGUGACACCUUUCACUUUCAGUAUUUAUUGGUGCAGCUUUAACUUAGAGGAAUAUAAACGUUUUCUACAAAUCCUUCUUUGCUUUAGCAGAAGAAGCUAAACUUUUCAAAUGCUAAAUGCUCUCUAAACACAAGCAGCCACACAAGACUUUGAUUAAAUGAAACACAGAUCUGAAAUCAGAAUUUUGAUUUAAAUCUGAAGUUGUUUAAUCAAGUAAUGAGUAAAGAAGAUCACGAUUCUGACCCAAAUAUUGGAUGGCAACUUUUGCUUUGACUUUUCGACACUCUGUGCUAUAGAUACAUUUCAGUUGAUACCAAUGAAGUACCGAAUUUCAAUAACCAGUGCUAGUUCUAACACAUUGAGUAAAACAGGAUAAAACGACUUCCGGUUUUGGUUCCAAUUCUCAAGAAAAUCCAAUGGAAAGCAAGUAGGAUGUGGCAAAUGCCUUGGCCGAAAUUGAACAAUUUUAUCAAUAAUAUAUAUAUAUAUAUAUAUAUAUAUUAGAUUUUGUUUAAUUGCUUUUGUUUUUUUAAUUCAGGUUUAAGAGUUCCACUGACUGCCCCCAGCGACAUCAUUAAGCUCUGAAAACACUCCUGAUUCUAAUUAUCGUUUAACUAACGUUAAGAAGCUUUGACGGAAAUAAAUUGCACCUUAAUGCUUAAGUAUAUCAAAGAGGGUUCACUGUGAUGGCGUGGUGGUAUUUGAUUAACAAUUAAAAUACCCCCUUAUGAACCAGUGAACCGAAGUGACCUAAUUAUGAAUGAACUUUUGCGUGAUGACAUGAAUGGAGCAAUAAACUGAAUGACAGUGCCCUCAUUUUUCUUCGACUGUUCAGUCAUGAAACACAGUUCAAUUCAUAUUCAGUCAUUAUUGUUCUAUAUUGGAAUCCCUUUCAAUUGAAUAUAAGAAAAUAGAGCUUUUAUAAAAGUUUUUUUUAAUAUAUAAAUUGGCAAUAACUUCGAGUAAGUGGCCUCUGAAAAUGGGAAUGUUGGAGUACUUUUAUGCCAGUUGAGGAUUGAGUGUUGCUAAAAGAGCAGCUGUCAUGAAAUGAAUUGCUUUAUUUGUGCCACAGCUGUCGCCUAGCGAAAUUAGUCUUUGUGCCUGUCCACAACCAUGUUUUAGCUUUGCUUUUACCCCUAACUUUUUACUUACCACUACUUAUGAGAUUGCACAUGGAUGUAUAUAGAUAUUUUAUUGCUGAUGCACUCUUUGUGGCCCUGAAAAAAGAACAAAAGACAGUACAUCAACAGCACCAGGGGGGUUUGAUGGAUGGGGGGGUUUCAAGGUUAUUCAGAGCGGCUCUUAUGUCCAUGUACCUCUAAUGGUCCUAAGGGGAGGAAGCGUUUUAUCAUGACUAUUACUCUGAGUAUUAAUAUGACAAAUUGAAAAAGUCUGCCUUUUUCAUUAGAAGGGGGCCACUGAAGUGAAAGAAUGUCUUUUGAGAAAUAUUGUACUAAAGACGCAACACUUUUGUAUAUGUAUUUAUCGUUGUGUUCCUGUCGCCUCGUGGUGGUUGUGCUCUCAUGGUUGAAGGGAUUAUACUUUUGAUUUGUGAUAGUCACUUUCACAAACCGUGUCCAGGAGUUUCUCCGAGGAUGCGCAACAAGAUUAGAACCCAAAACAACACAUGGAAGGUCUUUAAUGUCACAAUAAAUCAGGCGUUAUUUAAAGUGCUUUAAACAGCAGCUUGAUUUAGAAAUGUUUAACUGGCGCUAUAGAGCUUAAUUAAUUUAAAACAUUUUUAAACAAAUAGUAGUAGUGUGUGCAUAAUUGUGCUUACACACUAUUAAAUCAUGUCCACAAGCCCAGUCUUAAGAGAUGAGAAUAAUGUUCUGAGUGGCUGGGAAACUUCUCAUUCAUGACCCAGUGAGCUCUGCGGGUUCGUACGAUCACAGAACAAAGCUGAAAGGGACUGAAGCUCCGGCACCUGUAUGUCACAGUGGGCACAGGGAUUUCUCUAAAUGAAGAGGUAUGUAGGUAUAGAAGCCUGUAAUUUAGGAGUUCUGCACAUCAAAACGUAUUGGCUGCUACAUACGGCACCCAAAAAGCAGCGACCUGCCCAGGAGAGUCACACACACCGAGACCCUAACACAUCCUCGUCUGAGGUUAGGAAGACUAACUGUAGUUGUCAGGCUGGUUUGUGUAAUAGUGCUCCUCAGUACGCUUCCCAAGGAGUACAGUAUUGUAGAGCUUCAUCUACUGCGGCUGCACUCAUACGAGACAUGCAAACGUAACACUAGCUAAUAAACACCUCCUGCACCUGCAGAGCAUGCUGAAAAACAACAAUGGGAUGUGUUACGUAGACUUACUAUACAGAACCUCCUCAUUGUUUUUUGUGGUUUUAUUUUGUUUGUUUGUUUUUCAUUAAUUUGAGUUUUAUUUUCUGGUUUGGGAAAAAAAAGUGUUUAUUGUGAUUACUUGUUAAUUAGUGAUGUGAUUGUUGAACAUGAAAUAAAAUGGACUAAAACUCUCA